AUGGUUGGGAAGUCCCUGAUUGCUGGUCUGGUGGUCCUUCUGGUGGCUGCAGUGAGCCUGUUCCUGGGGGUGUUCAUGGGUUUGGGGAAGAAAAACACACCUCCCACUUCAGACCACUUCUACUCAAAGGCCGCCGUGGCUGCUGAUGCUGGAAAGUGCUCGGAAGUGGGGAGGGACAUUCUGAGGAAAAACGGCUCUGCUGUGGAUGCUUCCAUCGCUGCCUUGCUGUGUGUUGGCCUUUUGAACGCUCACAGCAUGGGCAUCGGAGGAGGGCUCUUCUUUGUCAUCUAUAACGCUUCCACAGGAAAGGUGGAAACCAUCGAUGCGAGGGAGACUGCACCCAUGAACGCCACUGAGGACAUGUUUGGCAACAACACUAAGCUUUCUCGCACAGGUGGACUGUCCAUAGCCAUUCCGGGAGAGAUCCGCGGUUAUGAGAUGGCACACAAAAGGCAUGGCCGGCUGCCAUGGAAGGAGCUGUUUGAGCCAAGCAUUGCCUUGGCUCGUGACGGAUUUCCGAUUGGAAAAGCCCUGGCUCAUGCAAUCUUAAAAAGCAAGGAUUCCAUUCAAGGAGAUGCCAACAUGUGCGAGGUCUUUUGUGAUUCUCAGAAAAACAUCCUGAAGGAGAAUGAUAUUGUUAGAUUCCCAAAGCUGGCUGAAACAUACCAAAGAAUAGCAGAAGAGGGGCCUGAUGUGUUUUAUAACGGGACGAUGGCACAGAACAUUGUUGAGGACAUCCAGGCGGCAGGUGGUAUCAUCACCCUGGAAGAUUUGUUGGAGUACCAGCCCGUGCUGAACGAGAACCCUUUAAAGCUGAACGUCGGGGAAUACACCAUACAUGUCCCAGAUGCCCCCUCCAGUGGCCCUGUGCUGGCACUCAUACUCAACAUAGUGGAUGGGUUCAACUUCUCAGACACGAGCGUCUCUACAGCAGAGAAGAAAACUCUGACGUACCAUCGCAUUGUAGAGGCUUUUCGUUUUGCUUACGCCAAGAGGAGCAGAUUGGGGGACCCUCGGUAUCUCAACAUUACUGAUCUAAUCCAAAACAUGACCUCAGACUACUUUGCUGAUGGCAUAAGGAGCAAAAUUACAGAUGACACGACCCACCCAGACAGCUACUAUGAGCCCGAGUAUUUUGUUCCAGACAACCACGGGACAGCUCAUCUGUCAGUCAUUGCUGAGGAUGGCAGUGCUGUGGCAGCAACGAGCACCAUCAAUCUAUACUUUGGUUCAAAAGUCAUGUCUCGAUCUACUGGGAUCAUUUUUAAUGAUGAAAUGGAUGACUUCAGCUCUCCAUACAUGACCAAUGGGUUUGGAAUCCCCCCUUCACCCAACAACUUCAUUCAACCAGGCAAAAGGCCGCUGUCUUCCAUGUGUCCUACUAUCAUAUUUGACAAAGAAAACCAAGUGAAGAUGGUUGUAGGAGCAUCCGGGGGCACAAAAAUCACCACAGCCACAGCAUUAGUCAUCCUCAACUCCUUGUUUUUCAACUAUGACCUAAAGAAAGCCGUGACAGAGCCACGACUUCACAAUCAGCUUAAUCCAAAUAUGACAGUAGUGGAGCAGGGCUUUGAAAAGAGUGUCCUGGAGGGUCUGGUCCAGAAGAACCAUGUAACGCAGCUGCUAAGGACUCCAGACUCGGUGGUCCAGGCUGUGGUGCGGCAGGGAGAGCGUCUCUGUGCAGAGUCUGACCCCAGGAAAGGAGGCUAUCCUGCGGGAUACUGAGCAUUGCUGCAAUUUCUUCUCAGCUCCCCUCAGCGGGACAGUCUCCUCAAAGACACUCGGACAGAAUCACAAUGAGACUGUGUCUGCACUGAAGACUUAAGCAUUAUUUAAGCUACGGAGACACAGCCACUGCGCCUUCUCUGAGAUUAAUUUAAUCAAACAUGGAAAUUAACUCCACUUCAAUACCUCUUUUACUCAAUUAUUUAACAUCACUUCAUUUCUUUUUUUUGGCAUUAAUUUUGUGUUCUGAAGUAAAAUGAGAGGUUGUAUCUAGUUUGACUCUUGUAUCAUCACUACUGGAUACUGGUCAGGGUUGUAUUUGAGAACUGAAGCAGAAACCAUUUGAACAUUCAUUUCAGUUCAUG